UCUUUUGGUUUUGUAACAGACAAUUGCAACAUUUUUUAGCUGUGUUAUGUCUGCUAUUGGAGGAAACAGUGCUGGUCCUGCACUUCAUCACCAAUUAGGAGAUACUGACGAGCCAAACGAUGGCAAUGCCUCAGUGAAGAAGAGAACUAAUGUGUUACUUCUUAGUGAUCACCUUGGAGAUCUAGGAAUGUCUGAUGGUUUGAACUAUGAGAACCAAAUUAUUGUUGGAUUCUUGCGAUGCCAAGAACAACCACCUAGUGACUUCUCUAUUGCUCAGUUCCGGUUUCUAGAGCGACUACUUGUCGUCCAUGGGCACUAGUGCUAUAAGAGGAUUACCCAAAUGGUAAAGUUGAGGAUGUUAAAUUGCCUGAGAAAGUGGACAUUCUGAUUUCUGGGGCUAUAUGAUUCAGAAGGGUGUUCUCAAAUGACCAUGAUGUAACUUCUGCAGUGUUAACAAGGUAUGAUUAUGAAACAAUUUGAUUCAAGUGAUUGAAUUUGGUAAUUUACCUCAUGAACUAUGAAUCCCACUGUGGAUGGAGCAUAUCACUAAAAAUUCACUUACCAAAAGCAAUUCUAACCAUCCAAUUAAUUGCUAUCAAAUGGAUGGUUCAAAGUAAAAUAGUGAGUGGCUCAUAUUUGAAGAGAGAAAAAAU